AAAACCGUUUUGUGGCCUAUAUGUUUUCGAUAUGAACAAUGCGCUUGCAUCGCGCACUUCUUAGCGGUUGAGCAGUGAGUUCAGUGCGGACGAAAGACAACUUUUAUAUAUCGUAACUGUGUCUUGUUCUCGAGGGGUUUCUUUUGAUAUAGAAAAUUCGUAAAUAAUGAACGUUUGAAGAAAUGUGGUAUUCUAACGAUGAUUGUCGGAUUCGACACAAAGGAUUCCCCAUCGGCAUCGCAAGAAAACUGAUUGUUAUAUCUAUAUAUUUAUCGUCAUUUUCAACUUCUUCAGUUCAGGGUUCUUCUAUUAAGUCCGAAUUCAAAUGGAUUUGCACUAAUGGAAACACUCAAUGCAGAAGGGUUGAUGUUGCAUAUGAAAGCUCGGAUGCAUAUCCUUCUGUUGAACUAUGUCGUUUGGUUUGUGGAGAAGCUGGUCCUCUAUGGCCUCAGCCAUACCAUAUCACUAUUACCCAAAGAAAAUUGAUUGUAAUAAACCCUGAGUCAUUAAUUAUCCGUAUCAAACCCCAGUUUGAUACUCAGAUUACCAAAGAUGUCAUUCAGGUUUUCCGAGAUAACAUAGGAAGAGAAUACAAUAAUUGCAGGAGUAAUAUAGAAACAAAAGUGAUGGUGAACAUCAAUUUGUCUUCUAACAUCAGUCAUUUAGACUGGAAUACUGAUGAAAGUUAUGAUCUUGAAGUGAAUACAGUAAGUGAUUCAACUGUUAACGUUAACAUAAAUGGAAACAACAUCUUUGGUGCGAGGCAUGCCUUGGAAACACUAUCACAACUGAUGACAACUUACCCAGAAUCGGAUAAUUCUACAUGUUUAGCAUUGCUGAAAGGUGUUAAAAUAGAUGAUAAACCUAUUUAUUCUCACAGAGGACUCCUGCUGGACACUUCGAGAAAUUUCCUAUCGUUAAAAACUAUAAAGAAACACAUACAAGCUAUGGCCGCAUCUAAAAUGAAUUUCCUCCAUUGGCAUAUCUCUGAUUCUCAUAGUUUUCCUAUGGAGACUCCAAGAGUACCAAACAUGACAAUAUAUGGCGCUUACUCCCCGAAGAAGAUCUACAGAUACCAUGAUAUCCUAGAACUAAUUUAUUACGGCCUAGUAAGAGGAGUUAGAAUCGUUUUGGAAUUAGAUGCGCCCUCCCACGCUGGGUACGGUUGGCAAUGGGGACCUGAGGCCGGUCUUGGUAACCUUACAGUGUGUCUCAACGAACAACCUUGGAGACAGGCGUGCAUACAGCCACCUUGUGGUCAACUGAACCCCUCAAACAAGAAAGUAUAUGACGUAUUGGAAAAAAUAUAUAAGGACAUGAUCGGAUUGAUGCCCUGGAGUGAAAUAUUUCACAUGGGUGGAGAUGAGGUAUACAUACCUUGCUGGAAUAUGACUGAGGAAAUCUUGAAAUACAUGAGUGGAAAAGGAAGAUCAACACAGGCAUUCCUUGAUCUAUGGGGAGAAUUUCAAGGGGAAGCUUUAAAGAGAUACGAUAAUGCAAUCGGAAACCAAAAUACGAAAGUAAUCAUCUGGACAAGUCAGCUAACAGACCCAGCACAUAUAGAGAAAUAUCUCGACAAAAAUCGGUACGUCAUUCAAACCUGGGUUCCAGAUACGGACGAACUACCUGAACAACUACUCAGUUUGGGAUACAAACUGAUCAUUUCUACCAAAAACGCAUGGUAUCUAGAUCACGGAUUCUGGGGUACCACGAAGUACUAUGACUGGCGAGCGGUUUACCAAAAUCAAAUUCUCCUCAGUCCCGAUGUACUUGGUGGUGAGGUUUGUAUGUGGGGUGAGUAUGUGGAUGAUAAUGGGGUGUUGCCCAGAACUUGGCCAAGAGCUGCGGCUGCUGCAGAACGACUCUGGUCGAACCCAACAUCGCCGUCGAGCAGAGUUGAGGCUAGAUUUUACAGGCAUAGAGAAAGGCUUGUAGCCAGAGGCAUUGAGGCUGAUGCUGUGGUUCCUCGGUGGUGUUAUUUGAACGAAGGGCAAUGUGGAUAAAAAAUGUACUCACAAGUAACUGUGAUUUCCGAAAUUUAAUCGAUUGUAUCAUUAU